ACCCACCCACCCACGACAUAAUACACACACACACACAUAAAAACUACAUGGCGUCGUGGUACAAGGACCUGCUCACGAGCGCGUCGUCGGGCGUGUCGCGGCUGCAGCGCACCUACUUCGGCGGCGAGUCGGACGGCGACACCGACGACGACACCCACGUCUGCCGCGUCCUGCGCGGCUACUACGCCGAGAAGGGCCAGGCCCUGCCCGCCUGGCUGCCGCCCGACCCGCGCGCCCCGCCGCCGCAGCAGCAGCAGCAACCUGUUUUUGCGGCUGGGCAAGGGGGGCAGGGGCGGUAUGGUGGGUUGGGGCAGCAGGGGCAGUUUGCGAGUAGUCGGAAUCCGUUCGCCGGGGGCGGUGGUGGUGGUGGUGAUCCGGGGCAGCGGCCGGGGAUGGGCGGGCAGCGCGCGGGGAGUUACCAGACGGCGGGGAGCGGGAGGACCGAUGCGAUUAGUCCGGCAUCGGGUGGGUCGUCGGGCGGCGUCAGCGCGCAGGAGAAGCUGAAGCAGAGGCUUUGGGGUGGCGCGAGGACGACGAGCCCGAGCUCGGGCGGGCCGUUCCAGCCGCCGGUACAGCAGCAGCAGCAGCAGGGGCCACCGCCGGCACAGCAGUCGGGGAACAGAUGGGGGUGGGGGAACCAGGGGGGCAGUGGGGGGGAUGGUGGCGAUGGCGGUUAUGGGGCGAGGCGCACUGAACGGCCUGUCCGGGCGGCGCCCCAGGAGGCCGAGGACAAAGCGGCGGGAGAAGCUAUGGGCUGCCCAGCAACCCUAGAGGAGGACUGCCCAGCGGUCCACGACCGCGAUAACAAGCCAUAUAUGCGGAGACGAAAAACCGGGCUAUUGGGCUAGUAAUGCUCUCUCAUACCGGUUCGUACACAACAACACAACACAUCUUGACCGGCAGGAUACAGCACUACGAUUGCUCCAUCCAUCCGCUUCUGAAUAACGCACCAUCGCCGCGUCCAGAGGCUUCGCCGGUUGUGCGCACAAGGGAGGGGACAAUAUCACUCGACGACGGGGUAUAUAAAGGAGAGACUGUGUAUUUAUGGGAUGGGCUCAUGGACCUGCUGGUUUUUUGAGUCUUCUUGUCUGGCCGGCCAGGACGAUAGUACUCUAAUGGCGUAGCAGCAAUGGGAAUAUGCGACACUGACCUUUACUGUACCUGACUAUUGAAUCAAUGCUUGUUGGGUAAGAGAUAUUGAAGCUUUACAAUGUUGUCGUAUUUACUAAGUGGUAAG